AUGGGCGAAGCGGAAAUAGCAGCGGAUUCCAAUGUGGAUGUGGAUGAAGCCGUCUCAUUAUCUACAUCCGACGAGAAAGAAGCCAGGGACAGCAAGUCUGCGAGCAGGUGGGCAAAGGCGUUGCAGAAGCUGAGCAAAGAGGAUCAAGCACAGUUUGAGCUUGCAUCGAAGAGCAUAGAUGACCCAAAAUCUGUCCUGUCCAACGUGCUCGUAGCCACCAACAAGCGAAAGGAAGAGUGCUUGAAGAAGAGAUGGAAGCUGUCCAUCAAAGGGCAGACUGUCAUUCUGAGAGACGUGCUUGAAAAAAUUAGUGCUUGGGUUCAGAAGCUCCUGGCUGUUGGGGACGUUAUCAUUCAAUAUGACACGUCUCAUAUGGCACUACCAUGGGCAGCUGUGCGGCUCAUCAUGCAGGUCACCGUCAACGACAUCGAAGUAUUUGGCCAUGUCAUUAACUCGCUGGAGAACAUCAGCAAUCUUGUCGCCCAGUGCCAGAUCAUCGAGAUGAUAUAUCUUGUUGAUAGGAGAAAGUCAAGGUGA